AAGCAAGCCAACUACUGGCGCUACAAGCAAACCAUCUCAAUCUACCACUUUCGCACCUCCCAUAUGUCACUGAAUAGCUUCAAGUCCAUCCUACGACCAGACACCGGAUACACCGGAACUUUGUACAGUUUUGACCCCUUGAAGUCCACCCCCACACCACACGGCGACGAGAUCCCCAACAACAGUGUAGAAGCUGCGUAUCUGCCUGCAGUACUUUCUCGCACUGGCUCCGCCCUCGGGUUUCGCGUUGGGAACGAUGCUGUGGAAUGGCUUUGUUUCAAGGGAGCGGUCAACGAAACGCUCCUAGAUAAGCUGUUUAUGGACGGGCAAACUGUGAGACUGGAGGAUGCUGAGCAUGAGCUGCAUCCUGACGAUCCGCGCAAAGUUUUCGAUCUCGUCGCGUACCUUGAAAAAGACGCAGGGCAGUCGAAGCGCGGUGCGCAUACGGAGCAUAAGCGCUGGUAUCUUUCCUUCGCUGUGGCGGAGGAGCGCGCAGUUAAGGUUCGACUUACGUGGAAGAACUUUGGCGCGGAUUUGAAG